UCGGUCAAAUCUAGCACGAAAGCAACAAAGCUUCAAAAGGGUGCGACCAUGCCCGAUCCCCAGAACCCAAAUGAACAACAAAACCACCCUUCUUCUUCAGCUUCAAAAUCCUCGAAGACGACACCUGAAAUCAGUGCCAACACCAACAAUAACGGAUUCUCGGGUCAUAAGGUUCACUACCCGAACCCGCCCGAUGCGGCGAACCCCGACCCAGCCACGCUGAGGGAACAAUGGAGGUUUGCUAUGAAGCAGUACAGUAAAUGGUCCUCCCACGCGUGGGGCGCGGCCAUCUUUGCUGGUAUCUCCUUCUUUGCACUUGGUUGGAUCAUCAAAGGAGGCAAUCCCUUGCCUUCUUUCCAUGAUAACUCUUCUGCUCCCUCUCCCUCCUCUUCGUCUGAUAAUGAUAAAAAGGAUGAGAAAUGAUGCCCGCGAAGCUCGCUGCCCUCGUGAUUUCGGAUGCCACAAAACUUGGAGCCGUUUGCAAUAAUGAGUGGUAAAGUUCAAGUUUUCAACCAGUUUUGAUGUACAAUGAUUGGAAGUGUUGCGUCACAAUCUUCGUAGUUAUGGAGUUUAUGAUCUGGAUUUUAAUCAUUAUGUAAUGAUAGUGUUGGGGAUGGGAACAUCAGAAUUUGGUUCUUCGCCCUUUUUCAACCUGUUGGCAAAGUAUUUUAUAUUGAGCUGUUGUAAUGUAAGGCCAUUUCUUUCUUACCCGAUGUGAAUGCUGUUAAUUUUCUAGUCACAAACAGAUUCAAAUCGUUGGAUUUCUAGGUGGUGUUUUCUUCUCU